AGUGGAUUUCUGUAGGGAUAUACAAAUGAAAUGGUGCUAUAGUUGUUGUUGUUGCUGUUGUAAUACCAGCUUGCUUACCUAAGCAAAGAGUGUGGCGAGUCUCUGACUUGCUGGUGUUGCCUUUUAAGUUUGUGUGUUUACUUUGACAAGUUUUUUUGUUUGGUUUAGUAUCUCGGCCGACCUCAAGGAAGUCACACUAAAACGGCCGCUGUCGAAAAUUCAUAUAAAACGGGAGAUUUUAUAGAAAUUACAAAAAACAAAAUUGUCUACAAAAUAGUGCGAAUAUUAAGAUAUCAAGCAAUAACAACAACAAAUAAAAUAAUAAUAAAAAUAUUUAUAAUCGGAAAAAAUAUUCAAUUUAUGAUCAUUCAUAAAAGUUGAUAGCUCUGCAAAAUAUUUGUGAAAAGAUUUAUUGGAAUAUUAUUUAAAUGAGAAUUUAAUAACAUAAUCAAGUGUUGUGUUUCGAACAAAAAAAAAAUUAAGCUGGAAUUAAUGCCUUCCAAGAUAUAAACCACAAAGUAUCAGAAACAAGAAAAGCCAAAGCAAGGAAAACAUAAAGCGAUCAGAAAACCGAAUACACAAACAAGAAAAUGGGAAUUCUAUUAAGCGACGGUGAAUCAAAUUCCGAUCAACUAUCCACCAGGGAACAAUUGCUGCUGCAACAGGAACUGCGCACGAACAACUCGUCGGCGGGAAAUUAUCACCAAAGUUUGGGGCAAAAAUACGGCCUGAGUUCUUCGCUGGAUCAACAACAGGACUUUCCAUUGCACACAGCCAAGAUGUAUCACUCCAGUGCAGGGUAUCCCGAUUUGAGUGGUUCAACGACCGCCAGUGGUGUCAGUUCAUAUCAUCAACAGGCUGCUGCGGCUGCAGCCACCGUAAGCGCUCCCGUCUAUGUACCCUCAAACCGGGCCCUGACCAACAGCCAAUAUCAACAUGUGGCUGCGCAUUUUGGUACAGCUGCUGCACAAAAUGCCUGGACUUCGGAUAGUUUUGGUACAGCCCAUGCCCAACUGCCGCCACAAUUUUACACACAAAACGCCGUGAUGAUGGGUUCAUGGCGGGCGGCUUAUGAUCCAACCGGAUUUCAGCGAUCCUCACCCUAUGACAGUGCCAUUGAUUUUCAGUUUGGUGAGGGUCGGGAGUGUGUCAAUUGCGGAGCGAUUAGUACGCCGCUGUGGCGACGUGAUGGCACUGGACAUUAUCUGUGUAACGCUUGCGGAUUGUAUCACAAAAUGAACGGCAUGAAUAGGCCGUUGAUCAAGCCAAGCAAGCGAUUGACUGCCACCCGUCGUCUGGGUCUGUGCUGUACCAACUGCGGCACCCGCACCACAACCCUGUGGAGACGCAACAACGAAGGCGAACCCGUGUGCAAUGCCUGUGGCCUCUACUUCAAGUUGCAUGGGGUGAAUCGUCCCCUGGCCAUGCGCAAGGAUGGCAUACAGACACGCAAAAGGAAACCAAAGAAAACUGGGAGUUCCAAUGAAAACGGCAAGGAGAUUAAAGAAGAUGAUCUCAAACCUUCUUCCAUGGGCUUGGAACGUCACAGUUUACCCGGUUCAUUGGCCUCGAAGUUGCAAAACGACUUGGCCGUCAAGGGGGCCAGCUCUGGUUCUGCUCUACACAAUUUGAGUUUGGGUAGCAGUGCUCUGCACAGCACCCUAAGCCAUCACAUGCAUUUCCCCUCGGCCAGCGCAUCACAACAAAACAGACUGACAAAUAAUUCCGGCGGCAUUUCGGGACACCAAUCAUCAUCCUCAAGCGGUGGUGGUGGUGGCAGCAACGCAAAUUCCUCCAGCGCCACUACCAACACAUCAUCCAGCAAUCUCAAUUCCUCAUCAUCUUCAGCAUCGGCCCACAACAAUAGCCUGUACUCGCCCUCAGCCUUGGCAGCCCAGGCAAAUCUCAAUCAUUCCCAGCUCUCGGCCUCGGCAUUUGGUAGCCAAAAAUAUGAACACCUACUAAGCGGUAGUAACUCUCUCAGCAAUGGCUUAAGUUCAUCGACCACACCCACCUCCCAGUAUCACGGGCAUCAUUUGCAUCACCACCAUCAUCAUCAUGCCGCAGCUGCUGCGGCCCAUCAUGCUGCCUCGGCGGCCCAUCAUCAUCACCACCACCAUUCACCAUCGUUAUCUCACCAAGUGGCAACAUCGCCCAGCAGUGGUGGUAGUCUGGGUGGUUACAGCGUCAAAUCGGAAAAUAAUUCCACAAAUUAUGAUUAUGUCAAUAAUUGUUAUUUCGGUUCAUCAUUUGGAGCGCUGAGUGGUUCACCGGCCUCCUCGGCGGGUAUGCAUGGUGCAACAGCCUCAGAUAUGGCCGGAGUCUAUCAUCAUCAGCAUAAUGUUAUACAGGCGGCAAAGCUAAUGGCAACAUCGUAGAGCCAGAGGUAUUAAAAACAUGAUAUGGGAAAGGAAGGCUAUUUGAAUCUCUACUAACCCAGGGCAGUCUGUAUUCAGAC